AUUCACAUUUCAUAAAAGUCAUAACCACUUUUUAAAAAAAGAAAAAUAGAAAGCUAGCCACCAAACCUUCAUCAUUAUCACACACAAGUCUCUAUCUCUCUCCCUCCCUCCACUUUGCUUCCACUACAAGAACAACCUCCUCAUUCAAACCUUCCUCCACCUUCUUCUUCUUCCUCACCACUCCCCCAACAACCCAAAAAAAGCCCUAGAAACUCAAUCCCCUAUUCUUCCUUCUUCUUCUUCUUCUUCUCCCAUGAAAGCGAAGCUUUCCUCCUUCCUCAGAAAAAUGACUUGGUCCAGAAUCCAAAACACCCUACAUAUAAAGCUCCUUCUCCUCAGCCUCCUCCUCCUCUUCCUCUUCCUCCUCCUCCUCCGCCCCACCCCCUCCUCACCCCCAUCGCCAGCAAUCACCACAACCGCCUCCACCAGCACCACUACCACGGCUCCCGCCGCCGCCUGUUAUUCGAAGAUCCCGGAAAGCCUAGCGGAGACAAUCAUCCACUACGCAACCUCAAACACCACCCCGCAACAGACCCACGCGGAGAUCUCCGUCACCGCUCGAGUUCUGCGGCAUCGUUCCCCGUGCCGAUUCCUCGUCUUCGGCCUCGGUCUGGAUAGCCCUAUGUGGGCCGGACUCAACCACGGUGGCCGCACCGCCUUCCUCGAAGAAGACGAAUCCUGGAUCGCCACCGUUCGCGCCCGAUUCCCCUCGCUGGAAACCUACCAUGUCCGAUACGACACCAGAGUCCGCGACGCCGACGCGCUGAUGGAGAUCGGAAGGCGGCCGGAGUGCUCGUCGACGGAGACGACGGAGCUGAGGGGUUCACUUUGCGGGCUGGCGUUGAAGGGAUUGCCGGAUGUCUUUUACGAUGAAGAAUGGGAUCUGAUAAUGGUGGAUGCGCCGACGGGUUGGAUACCGGAGGCGCCGGGGAGGAUGGGGGCGAUUUACACGGCGGGGAUGGCGGCGAGGGGGAGGAAAGCGGAAGGGGAAACCGAUGUAUUUGUGCAUGAUGUGGAUCGGAAGGUGGAAGAUGAGUUCUCCAAGGAGUUUUUGUGUGAGGGUUAUCUGCGAGAGCAGGUGGGAAGGCUCCGCCAUUUUAGUAUUCCGAGCUACAGGAAGAAGAAGCUGCCCUUUUGCCCUUAAAAUUUUUGUGAGAUGGCUUUGUUGGAAUUAUCACAAUUUUUUAUCUUUGCAAUAUAAUGUUUAGGAAAAAUAUU